GUUACUUUAGGAUUGGUCAAUAAACGGUUCUUCUGCGGGUGGGAGAGUUGCUGAGAGGCAGCUUGCGCAGCUAUUGAUAGUGGAUAAGAGUUGUGUGGAAUGUCCUUUAGUAACCAUGCAGUUUGAAAGCGGGUGGGUGCUAAAGCCCAGAGAGGAACAUGGCAUGUAAAUCAAUUCUACCAUGACGGUCAACAUGUCUGACACUGAAGCGGACAAAAGUAACUGCACCCUCAACCAUGAGAUUCAUCAGUACCUGUUCUCCGGGGCCUACAUCCUAGUCCUUCUUAUCGGCUUGCCCACCAAUGCCUUCUCCCUGUACCACGCCUGGCUGCAGCUGAAAGCCAAGAAUGAGCUUGGAAUCUACCUCUUCAACCUGACUGUGUCAGACCUCCUCUACCUGGCCUCCCUGCCUCUCUGGCUGCAGUACAUCUUCCAGGGAGACAACUGGAGCCAAUCUGAGUGGCUCUGCAAGCUGAGUGGCUUUCUGCUCUACGAGAACAUCUAUAUUAGUAUUGGAUUUCUCUGUUGUAUCUCCAUAGACCGUUACCUGGCCGUGGUGUACCCGUUCCGUUUCGCAGCAUUCCGGAGCAUGCGGGCUGCUACUUUGGCAAGCACCUUCAUCUGGCUGAAAGAGAUUGCUGUGGGUGUGGUCUUUUUCAUACACAAGGAACUUAGCAGGGACCCCAAGAACCAAUCGUUGUGCUUUGAGCACUACCCCAUGCAGCAAUGGGAGUACGCCAUUAACUACUACCGUUUCUCCAUCGGCUUCCUGUUCCCCCUGGGCAUACUGUCAAUAUCGUAUCUUCGUGUCCUGCGGGCGGUCAACAAGAGUGCGGGCACGCAAACCGCCCAGAAGACCCGUAUCAAGAACCUGGUGACCAGUACCAUUCUCAUCUUCCUAGUGUGUUUCUCGCCAUACCACGUAUUUCUCCUGGUGCGCACCGUUCUGGAGAGGGAAUGCAGCUUCAUCGUCAAAAUCUUCAACUACUACCACUUUUCCCUGCUGCUCACCAGCUUCAACUGCGUGGCCGACCCAGCGCUGUACUGCUUCGUCAGUGAGACCGCCCAGCGGGGGAUCCAGCAGGCCCAGGAAGCCUGUUCCCAGGCACUCUGCUGUUGCUGCCACGGUGGGAAGCAUGACCCUGCUGCAGGCACGGACUCCAACGAGGCGGCCACCUUGAAUGAGAAUGGGAAUUUCUCUGUCACACUGCUGACGCAGCCCAGUAAGGUCUAGCGGCAGUGUCAAUAAUAGGUAUGUUUUCUGAAGGUACUGCUAAAGUCAUCCAGAAGCUGGGGGCAUUGGAUGAAAGUGGGAGAAUACAGUGAUAGGAGGUCAAAUGUGAGACAUUUGGCAAUAAAUUGACAGUAGUGGAGGUGUAAUGAAUGAAUAUGCUUUUUGUUUUUAAGUUAUCAAUGUGUUACGUUUGCUUUAACAUGUGCAGGACAAAUGCACACAUGGUACCAUUGUGUGUAUAAACCAGAGUUUGAAUCUUCCAUACCAAGUUCUUUCAUUUUCUUGUUAUCUUAUUCUGUAAUAAUCAUUCUGUGUUUUUGGUGGGACUCAUCACCCAGAUCGUACAUAUCAAAAUUGGCUCUAAGAGCAAGUAGUAAUUAUAUUAGGUCCUUUUGGAUUCUUGGGUAUGUAAAGGAUUCCUCAGCCCACAUUCCACAAGUGUUUGGAGAGAAAUGUCCAUACAUUCAUUUCCAUCUGUCUCCAUAUCAGCCCACUGAUCCACCCAUACAAUCAAUCAAUGAAUCAAUCAAUGGUUAAGCGCAAUACGGAAAGAUGAAAGAGCAGUCAAGCUCAGUACCCCUGAGGCCAAGACUUGUCUGGGACAUAGUUCAUUCCCAAUGUCCUCCACAGCACUCUUUCCCAGGGUCUGCUUAGGCUCUCUUAAGGAUGACUUACUUGGAAUUGCCUCAUGAUGGCCCCCAUCCUUUCUCCCAUUCCCAAGGUACUUCCUGACCACAGCCUGAGUAUUUCAAAGUUAACCGGUCACUGCAGCUGACCUUUCACAAUAUGCAUAGAUUAUUAUUAUUAUUAUUUCAACUGUGUGUUUUUCUUUCUUACAUUUGGUUUUAAAGUACCACAUUUUCCCAGAGUAGAGGAAAAGAAGCUUUUUAAUGGUGAAUGACUCCGUUAUGGAUGGAUAAAUUGUUCUAAUUGAAGUUGAUGAAUUGAAACAGAGGGCAAAAAUUUUGAGACAUUCAGAGCUCAUAAAUCAUAGAAAGUAUUUUAAAACAGGAAAAGUACGAGAAGGAACUUUUCUGGUGUUUCCUUGAUAUUACCAUUAAGGUGUACCAAAGGAGUGGAUAUUAGGUCUUGUACUUUUUACAGUCUAUAUAUUAAAACAUCUCCCUUUGCAGACAAUAAUAACAUACUUCUCUUUAUGUUGUGUACGUUACUGCUCCAACAAUGGACAAGGCUCUUUGAGAGCUUCAAUAUUUCUUAAUUUCUUUUCAGAAAGCCUUUGCUGAAUGCAAAUUGGUAUGUAAUGCAGGUAAAAUCAAGUAUAUUUGCUCCGGAAAUAUACUCUGUGUAGCAAAAGCAUUCAUAUGAAUGCUGCUGCCAAUGUAAUGAAUCCACUAGACAAAUUUUUAUCAGAGCACACAUUAGGGGCGAUAUGUACAGUAUGGUAAACAUCGCUGCAUCAGAACGUUGGCUGGCCCCCUUUGAAGUCAGAUACAAUUGAUCAGUGCAUCACACUUUUUCUUGAAGCCCUUUUGGCUAAACAUCUGUAAUACGUUACAUCAUUGUACAGACAUUCCAGCUACAAGACCCAGUCUCAGGGAUGGUCAACUCUGAAUACUCCUUUAAAGCAGAUUUAAGGGUUGAUUUCACAGAUGCAGAUUUAGUUUGGUCUAGGACUAAAAAUCAAGCUGAAUGGAGUUGACCUUGAUUUUUUUAUUUGUUCUAGAAUAGGCUUCAUCUGUGCCCGCAAAACUGCCCCGUAAUGUUUGUUGCACCUUACUUGUCAAAUAAUCUCCAACCUAUGAAUUGGUGCCUGUAGGGAAAUUCAGCUGGCUUAUUGAGCACCUUUUGAUUUUCAUUCUAGAAUGUGCAAUUUUUUUUUAUUUCUUGUGUGUAUUGAUGUGUAGUAAUGUUUUUUUAAUAAAUUUUUUAUAAUUAUAGGGGCUCAGAAUUGUCACCCUAGUUAAAUUUGAACAAAAAAGCUGUGAACAAAAUGUUAAUGUUAUCAGCUUGUUCUUACACACUUACACUCUUUAGAGUGAAAAUUGUUAAAAGAAAAAAAAGACUUUUUUUAUUUUUUUUAUUCAAAAUUAUGUGACAAUUAUUGGCACCGCUGUAUUUAGUACUUUGUGCACCUUCCCUUUGCCGAUAUAACAGCUCUGAAUCUUCUCUUAAAAUCUUUCAAUCUUUGAUCCUCACUUGAACUGCAGUCAGUAAACCAUUUUCGUGUGCAGCUGUAGAUAUGCUUUGGAUCAUUGUGCUGCUGGAAUAUAUAUAAUGACCCUGUCUGACAGAGGCAGAUAGAUUUUUUGUCUUAAAGCUUCUGGUAACCCUAAUCCUUUAUGAAUUCCAUGUUGCCAUGUAACCUAACAAGGUUCCCAGGGCUUUUGGAAUUGAAACAUCCCGACAACAACAGAUCCACCACAAUACUUCACAGUGCGGAAUAUCUUAUUUUCUCCUUGACUACGGCUAUUUUACACCAAACCCACCUCUGGUGUUUCUUGCCAGUAAACUUAAUUUUAGUCUUGUCAGAACUAAAAAAAAUCUGGUUAUAUUUUUUGGUCACUUGAACCAUCUUUAUCAAUGUUUUUUGGGGGCAAAAUACACAAGGUGUCAUGAAUCACUCAGCAAAGGUAGAAUUGGUGUGAUCCCAGAUGCAGAGUCAAAGGCAGAUUUAUUUAAGGGUUCGGGCAGGAAAUCUUGGUAAGGCAGGCAAAUGGUUGAAACACAGUAAACCAAUAGAGACGGGCAACAGUACCGAAAAUACUAGGCAGGCGGGUAGUCAAAACGGCAGGCAAAAA